AUCACAUCUUCUACAAAGGAGAGUCGUUUCUCGAUAUUUAAGCUUGAGACGGGCACUAAAUACAAAGACAUGCAAGCUCGAGGCAGUACUUGAAAGAGAACUCGAUAAUACUUAACAUGCGGCCGCAAAAUGGGCGACUGCGACGCAGCCAACGGAAAAAUCCCCGGCUCAUCACCUUCCUGAAAGAGGAUUAGCGGCACUAUCGCGUAGCAGGCGCGUAGCACUGAAAGUCGCCCUCGUACACAAACGGUCCUCCCUUCCUCUUCUCUUCCACCGCUACCAUCAAUCUCUUCUCGACAACAUCCUCAAUUCCACGGCUUCAUCACCACCAAAAAGCCUUCCCGAGUCCAUCUCUCACUGCGACACCUCUUUCCAUCAAUCUUCAAUAGAACGACAACCAUAUAAACACCAUGACUCACUCCGGCUGCUCCAACGCUCACCACGGCCCUCCUCGGCGUCCUUCCCCAACCGGGCACACCCACCACCAGAACGCCCACACCACGGGCCUACCUCCACGCCGGUCUCGCACCAUGCCGGCCCCCACCUGCCGCCCCAGAACCUCCAUAGAGAAGCCGAUUGAUGACGAUCACUUCAUCACAUGGUGCACGUAUAUCCAAGAGCAGAUCGUGCAUCUCCUCGGCUACCGUCCCGGCACCGAGAAUCCGCCUCUCUUCGACUCCCGCAACCACACCACCACCGAUGCCGCACCUACCCCGGCUCCUCCUACCGCUCCUACUACAAGCGGUAACCACAUCACCGUCCCCGCCCGCCCCGUCACCACCACCCACAACUCCGCUGCUGCCGAAUUCACUCCCAGCGGCCCAUUAAUCGAUGUCUCUGUCCUCCCCAAGCUCAUCGACAUCGAGGAGGACACUGGGGCUACGACGCCCGCUCUGAAGGAUGAGACAAGGGGGAUGCUCUUCGAGCUGAUGUAG